GCCUGCAGAAAAAUAUCAAGAACGCAUCCUCCCGUUUGCAAUUUGAAAUCGAACGCAAAGCGGGAACUAAUCAGAUCGCAUCCCAACGCCGACAAAUAAUUACCCUUUUCCCAUUUCCUCCCAUCUUAUUAAACCCUCAUCACUCCUCCCCCUAAACUCUCAAUUUCCGAUCAAAAAACAAAACCCUAGCGAUCUUAUUCUCUUCUGCUCUGAUGGCGGAUGAGACCGAGAGGAAACCCCUCAGCCUCAACGAGCGCAACCAGCUCCUUCUCCAGGGUCUCUCUCGCUCUCGCCCCUCUAGAAACCCUAACCCUAACCCUAACGAUCGUUCCGAUUGAAAACCUAAAACUCCUUCCUUUUUCAGAAAUUAAGGCUCGUAAGGUCAAACUCGAAGGCCACCGCCGCCUCUGCAAACUGAAAUCGCCGACAAGAGAUGACAACGACGACGAUGACCUAAAUGACGAGCUGUGCGAUUCUCCGGUGAGGGAGAAGGAGAAUGAUCGGCGUGGAGAAAACAUCAGGGAUAUUUUGGAUGAUCUCAGCUUCAGAUUGGAGUCGCUCUCGGUGGAGAAGCCGAAGGCGAGGCCGAGGCCUGCAUCGGGAGUUGACAAAAUGGAACCGUUGGAGGAGUUCAAGAGUGCUCCGUCUUCACCUUCUGUGUCUUCAGAUGAGAAAGGGAAAGGGAAAGGGAAAGGUUUUGGUUCUCUGGUUCUUGAUGAUGAUGAUGAUGAUGAGUGUGUUGUUUUGGGGAGCAAUAGGAAAGAGAAAGUGAAAGAGGGAGAGUUUGGUGACAGUUUGAUAGAUGUUUUCGAUGAUGAUGAUGAUGAUGAUGGAGAUAAUGACGAUAUUGUUAUGGAUUGGGCUGGGGGUAGUAAAAACAAGAGGUAUGUGCUUCCCGGUAACACGGCAAAGAUGCUGUAUCCUCAUCAAAGAGAGGGGCUGAAAUGGUUUUGGAGUCUGCACUGUGCCGCAACUGGAGGGAUUUUAGGGGAUGAUAUGGGAUUGGGCAAGACAAUGCAGGUUGCUGCCUUCUUGUCUGGACUUUUUCAUUCUCAUUUGAUUAUGAGGGUAUUGAUAGUCGCCCCCAAAACACUUAUUGCUCACUGGAUGAAAGAGUUGUCAGUGGUGGGGCUCUCUGGAAAAAUUAGGGAUUACUCUGGAGCUUCUCCAAAAGUGCGAGACUAUGAACUUCAGUAUAUCCUCCAGGAUAGUGGCAUUCUUCUCACAACUUAUGAUAUUGUGAGGAACAAUUUUAAGUCUAUACGAGGUGAUCGGUAUGUUUAUGAAGACGGAAAUGAGGAUAAUAACUUAUGGGAUUAUGUUGUGCUUGACGAGGGGCAUAUCAUAAAAAAUCCGAAGACUCAAAGAGCACAAAGCUUGUUAGAAAUACCAUGUGUUCAUCGCAUUAUUAUUAGUGGCACACCGAUACAAAACAAUCUUAAGGAACUUUGGGCUUUGUUUCAUUUCUGUUGCCCGGCUGUUUUGGGUGACAAGGAUGAGUUUAAAGUGAAAUAUGAAAAUAAGAUACUGCGUGGGAAUGAUAAACAUGCUUCUGAUCGAGAAAAAUAUGUCGGGUCUACAGUUGCAAAGGAAUUAAGAAACCGCAUAAAGCCAUAUUUCUUACGACGCUUGAAGAGCGAAGUAUUUGUUGAUAAUGAUGAUGCAAGUAGUGCUAAACUUUCAAAAAAACAUGAGAUGAUUGUGUGGCUCAAAUUGACAACUUGUCAGAGACAACUUUAUGAAGCUUUUUUGAAGAGUGAUUGGGUUCAUUCAUCUAUGGAUGGUGGCUCACCAUUAGCUGCAUUAACUAUAUUGAAGAAGAUAUGCGACCACCCACUUCUAUUGACCAAAAAGGCUGCAGAAGGUGUUCUCGAAGGGAUGGAUGAGAUGCUGAAUCAUGAUGAGCUUGGUAUGGUGGAGCAAAUGGCAAAAAAUUUGGCAAAUAUAACUGCCAAUGAUGAUGUUCAACAACUGGAUCACAAUGUUUCAUGCAAAAUAUUAUUUAUAAUGACUUUGCUGGAUAACCUGCUUGAAGAGGGACAUAUUGUAUUGAUCUUCUCUCAAACUCGUAAAAUGCUGAACCUUAUUCAGGAAGCUAUUAUAUCAGCAGGAUACAAGUAUAUGCGAAUUGACGGUACCACAAAAGUUUCUGAUAGAGAGCGGACAGUGAAGGAAUUUCAAGAGGGUUCUGGAGCUCCUAUUUUCUUGUUGACAUCACAGGUUGGUGGCCUUGGCCUUACGCUAACAAAAGCAGAUCGUGUCAUUGUAGUUGAUCCAGCAUGGAACCCAAGUACGGACAAUCAAAGUGUAGAUCGUGCAUAUAGAAUCGGGCAGAAGAGAGAUGUUAUUGUAUACAGAUUGAUGACAUGCGGAACAAUUGAAGAAAAGAUAUAUAAAAUGCAGGUUUUUAAAGGAGGUCUAUUUAGAACUGCAACAGAGCAAAAAGAACAGAUGAGAUACUUCAGCCAGAAGGAUAUCCGUGAGAUUUUUAGCCUGCCAAAACAGGGUUUUGAUAUCUCCAUUACUCAGCAGGAGUUAUUUGAAGAGCAUGGCCAGCAGCAUGAUAUGGAUGCCUCUUUGAAGUGUCACAUAGAAUUUCUAGAGAGACAGGGUAUCGCUGGUGUCAGCCACCAUAGUCUGCUCUUUUCCAAGAAUGCAAUAGUACCAUUUGUGCCUGAGAAUAAUGAAGUACAUAGUAAGCCAGUGAACAGAAUUUUCAGAACUUCACCAUCAGGAUCAUCACUUGAACUUGCUGUCGAUGGGGCUCAUCAUGCUUUCAAGCCAAAAGAGUUCGCUACUAGAGUCUGUCCUGCCAGCUCUUCAGCAAAUGAAGGAGAUAGUCCAGAAAUCAUUGAAGAUAGAAUCAAACGUCUUUCUCAGACACUGGCCAACAAGGCGUUAGUUUCAAGACUACCAGAUUCAGGAGGGAAAAUAAAGAAGCAGAUCGAAGAAUUAAACACACAGCUCCAUGAACUUAGAAAUCCUGUUCUCAAGGAUGCUACUGAGAAAAAGGAGCCAGCAGUUGUCGAUGUAGAUGAUCUCACGAAAGACCUACAAAAUGUGCUCUCUGUGUGAGGUUUUGUAAUAAUUAUUCAUACUCACUUCAUUGUCAUACAGUGUAUGGCUUUCUUUUCGGCUAUUAUACUCAAUAGCUUUGUUGUUUUGUAAAGGAGAUUAAUAUUUUUGUGGCCCUUCAAUACAAGGAAAGUAUCAGCCUAAGAUAUCAAUGGGUAGUUUCUGAUCA